AUGCAUGCCUAUCUAGGCGAAAAUAUUAUCAUGCAAAAGUGCUCGGUGACAACGUUAGCCAUGUCCUCUGAUACCUCCCAAUCUACGACCGUGUUAUUUAACAAUACGGGCUCAGAAUCUGAGCAGAGAGCGAUGAGUCAGGGAAGUAGUGACUCGGACGAGAAGAACUCCAGGACAAGGCCCACGAGAAGAAGAGAUGACGGAAAUGCUCUUGGACCUUCUCGACGAAGGGAGAGGCGACACAGUCGUUCAGUUGUGCGAAUCUCAAGGGCCAGGGCUUCACCGCUGCCUCAACUUUCAAGCCGAGAUCGUUUCAGACCUGCCGCCUUGGUUUUAUACCGAGUUAUACAUCUUAUCCUGCCAGUCCUUCGAGAUAUUAGCGUCGACCACCAAGUUUCGACGGUUCUACUCAAGACGUUCUUGGGUGUCACUAUCGAUUUUCUGUGUUUAAUUAGAAGUCAUGUCCAUCGCGAGGAGGAUGGAGAAGACGGAAACUGA